UGUCUUGCCUAACUUUCUUUGGCUUUUGGUUGUGAGUGCCUCUUCUCAACAAGCUUUCCAUCAUGAUUGAGCACUUCUUGGGAACCUGGAAGCUGGUCUCCAGUGAAAACUUUGAGGAAUACCUGAAACAACUGGGAAUGAGUGUUACAGACCAGAACCUUGCAGGGUUAGCAAAGCCGAGAAUCACUAUUAGUGCUGACAAGGAGAAGGUUAACAUCAAGACAGAAAGUUCUUUCAAGAACUUUGAGAUCUCCUUCAAGCUGGGGGAAGAAUUUGAUGAAACCACAGCAGACAACCGCAAAGUGAAGAGCAUCAUAAAAUUAGAUGGUGGCUCAAUGAUUCAUGUCCAAAAAUGGCUUGACAAAGAGACCACAAUCAAAAGACGAAUUGUAGAUGGCAAAAUGGUAGUGGAAUAUACCAUGAAUAAUAUUAUCAGCACUCGAAUCUACGAAAAAGUGUGAACAAAGUAUCUACAGCACUGAAAACUUGCUCACUAACAGGAAACUGGGACUUGAAGAAGAUAUGCCUCAGGGCCAGUGAUUUUAAAAAAAACAACACUCAACAUAAAUGUGCUCAAUAAAACCAUCAAAUUAAGUGCA